ACCCUUCUCAAGGUCAUCGGUUCAGUCCGGGCCAGGGUCAUAUUUUUCUCUCGUCUCUCAUUGCACUACUGCCACAAUCCUCUGGCCGAGAUACACGGGUACCUCCUGCAAGCAUAGAACUCGCUUCAAUUACCGUCCUUGAGGAAACGGCUGUCCUUCAUGUAGCAUGAAUGGCUUCGACCCGCUCCAAGAAGCCUUUUCUCAGCCGCUCAUUCUGCGACCUCAAUGUGGACCUGUAGCUUCUUGGCCUGCCGCUAGUCUGUAUCAUUAAUGUAUCCUCCCAAACUACGGUAUUUCGUGCUUUGUGCAUGGCCCUAAACGUGUUCACCGUGCAGAUGCUCGUGUUCAAAUUUACUGAAUAGUGCAAUGCGUCAGGGCGGUGAUAUUAUGCAAACCUGUAUCGCCGCCCACGUAUCCCAGUGCUCCUUCUGUCUAUAUAAUCUUACAGGUCUACUCGCUUCUCCAAUGUCUGCUGCAUAAUGUCUCAAGAUGGACCUGCCACUUUCCGAGUCCGAACACUCUGGCGUACCUUGGUCGAGCCACGUCAAGAUUUGCUUGAAGACGAUAGGGAACCUCUGUGCAAUAGGGAGAACUUUCUGCUUUCUUCCUUGGCGCCCUCAUACUUAAGCUAGUCUACCGAGCAUUCACAGCCUACGCUGGAUGUUCGUUGCAGGAUGAUAACGCAUUAAGGCGCUUUGCUCCAUGUCAUUCUGAGGCUCUGAUGGCCUGCUGUGGAAGAUUUGCGGUUGCUGUGUCACCUCCCGCAUUCGCCAGAACGUUAUACGAGUACAUCUUGGUGCAGGAUAGAGAUACAUGGAUCGGCACCUUUCCGCAAAGAUCCUCUUUCCUUGUUCUUGUGGUCAAAAUCGGCGCUCUUAUCUGGUUCUUCAUCAGACUCGAUGGCAGGUCUCCUCCUCCCAGAUACCUUGUGCAUAUCGCGUUUCCCUUGACAUACACUAUGCUCAUCUACGAGUAUAUGAAGACUCUUAAGCGCUUGGAUAUGUGCACGGCCGUAUCCACGCUGAUCGUUUAUCUUAUUGUCACGGAGCUCCAUGGCUGGCAGGUGUACUACCUCAAGGGACCAGGCAAGAAAGGUCCUAGACUUGGAUACAUAGCUAUCAUUGGGUACGCGGUGAUGGUUGUGGACGUAUGCAUCAUAGAUGAUAUCGUCCAUCCUGUUCUUGGCACCCUGUUAGUCAGGACGCCUCUACUGCGACAUUGGGAUGACGAGAGGAUAACGCUUGUGGGUCAUAUUCUGGAUCUACGACGUGAGGCGUGUCCCUGGAUCAUCGCAAAUCCACCUCGACGUUGGCGUAAUUUCGAUUCUAACGAGUCAAUAGUUGAUAUGUGUGCCAGACUCGAAAUGGAUGAUGAAAAGCACCAAUCGGUGUCACGCUGGCGUCGAUGGUUCUGGUCGCAUGAGGAAGUGGACGCCAGCGAUGUUGCUGAAGCGAAGAAACAGUUGUACGGGAUGAUCGUUGACCAUCAGGAUUUACCUUCCCUUGCAAGUUAUUCACAAGGCAGGACCCAGGUUGACCUGUUUCAGUCGAACAGCGCGCAGCCGGCAUCAUCUCUGGAUCGUCACCGUAUGAUUCCCUUGCGGUCCAUUGAACCUGUCUUCGUUUCGGAGGAAAUGAUACUGGAUCAGAUCAUAGAUGCAGUGUGUUCAUACGCAGUGUCCGUCAUUUUGACGCUUCGGCCAUUUGUAAAUUCUGCCACCGUCACUGCGUGGGCGGAGGACAUGAAAUUCAACAGGAACGGAGACUUGAUCUUGCAUAUUUCGCUUCUGCAAUGGCUGGCUUUCCCCUGGGGACCCAAGUUUUCAAUACUCUCCCGAUCACGUUCGUUUGACUUCCAGGGUUCGUUGUUCGAUAUGAAAGCUAGAUUGCUUUUGGAACGUUGGAUAUGGCAUCAGAAGAGGGACACAUAUGAAAAGAUCAUGGCGGCGCGAGAGGAGCUUGCAUUCUCUCUCAUGAGCAUUUUGCAGCAUGUGUUGGAUGUUUCCCAGUAUGCUCGACACAGCGACUGGUCCCCCCUGACAUCUCCUCACUCAGUCGGGCGGCAAGAGGCUCGCGCUGUGUUAAUACACUUGACCAAGACUAGUGGUCUUCUACCUUCGUCGUUCUUCCUUACCGACAUACUGGACGAUGUCGGUCGCGAUAUUCAGGGUGUCGGAGGGUUUGCAGAUAUACGCACGGCCAGAUACCGAGGUGCGCCGGUUGCACUGAAGUGUUUGCAUCAUGAAUUCGCGGUCUCUGGUACAAGCAAGCUGAAAGCUUUGUACCGUGAAGCGAUUGUCUGGAGACAACUCAAUCAUCCUUACAUCCUACCAUUCUAUGGUAUUUGCCAUGUCACGUUCUCAGACAAAGAAUCCGCUUGCCUCGUUUGGCCAUGGAUGAAGAUGGGCGACUUCUACACUGUUGCUAGUUCACUUAUAUCAGCCGGUAAAGUAUUGCCUUUGGAUAGCUGGCUCUGGCAAGUCGCACGUGGGUUGGAGCACCUACAUGAGUCACAUAUAGUGCAUGGCGACCUGCGUGGACCUAACAUCCUCUUCGAUGAGAAUUUGCGUGUCCAACUCACAGAUUUCGGGUUAGCCUCCUUCUUUGAUUCCACGAGUUCAGACGUGCCCUCCAGUGGUGGGAAUCCAAGGUGGAUGGCUCCAGAACUCUUACAUGCUCAAAGUCUUGAGGAUACCAUCGCAAUCCCUGAUGCUCGUUGUGACAUAUAUUCGUUCGCAUGCUUGUGUAUCGAGUUUUAUACCAGAAGAGCGCCUUUCGCACAUCUCAAGACUCACCCGGCUGUGAUGACCGCCGUUCUGUACAGAAAUGACCGUCCUCGACGACCGAUGGGAGAACUGGACAUGGGACAGGCAAUGCCACAAGUUCUUUGGGACUUAGUUCAGCAUUGUUGGGAAGAACGUCCAGAGGAUAGACCGUUUGCUCGUGCUGUCGUUGCAAGACUUCAGCAUAUCAUGGCGUCGGGCUGAUCCAAUGUAACAAAUAUAGACGGAGAGUCUGCGGGAAAUAGACUAGCAUGUGACAGAGGUGAUACUUGGAAGGAUAGACUACCAGUUUCGUACCAGUCUACCCCGACGGAUCCGAGUCUUUCAGCAAGCUUUUCAUAUCUUGAAGGCUGCGGAAAGCGAAUAGAAUACUAUCACCUUGCUCAUGAUGGUCAUUAACACUUGAAACGUAAUCAAGCAAACAUAUCAGG